AUGAUUGCACAGGAAUUGUGCUCAUGUCAAGUCGAACCGAAUCAAAAGCAAUUCACACCUGAAGAAAUUAAUAUCAUAGAAAAGUUUUUAAAAUAUAUAUGGAGCGUGCUGACAGGUGAAAAUGGGGAUCCAUCCACAACUGAAAAUCCUCAGUUUACAAAUACGACAAUGAGCACUACAUUGGGGCCUAAUGGCACUACCGUAUCCACGUCUUCUUCGAUAACAACUAUUGCAACUACGACACCCAUGACCACUACAAACACUACAACCAAGAAGCCAUCAACGAAAACUCCCAGGAAACGUAUUUGCUUUAAACGGUACUGUGUAAAAUUUAAGGACGAUCCUGGUUACAUUAUAAAGAGUUAA